AUGCUUGAGCUGCUGCAAGCCAUUGAACUGAAUCCCCGCUGUCCAUCACAUAAUAUUUGGUCCCUCUUCCUCCUCCUUUUCAUCGAUUUCUCCUUUUUCUCUCCUCUCCUCCUCUUCUGUUCUCUCUCCCUGGGCUUCCCUCUCCCUCCCGUGUCCUGCUCUGCUGGCCCUCCCCAAGUCUCACAGGGGCGCUCCCAUGCUCUGUACAACAACCAACCUUGCUCGAUUUCGCUUCGUUCGACGACCGGCUCUGUCUCUUUCCAUGCUCUCUCACCGUUCUGGCCUGGAGAGAUAAAACCCGCUGUCUCAUACCAGCACCGUCUACCCCGCCAAAAGAAGCCCAAGAGGGAGACCAAGAAGGAAAAGGCUGAUCCGAGCCUUGAUUUCUGGUUUGACAGCGGCAGAGCGGUUGAAUCAACCAGCCAGGGCGCUGGCUCAACGGGAUCUGCCGCCUCCGAACUCCAGCCCAAGUCCUUCAGUUAUUUCAGCAUUCCCUCCCUGUUAACCGAAUAA